AUGCCCCCAAAGAGCAAAAAUCCAAAGAGUCUUCAAAAACAGGCGCCGGUGUCCGGGAAGGUCUUCAUUCAGCGAGACUACAGCAGUGGCACCCGCUGCCAGUUCCAGACCAAGUUCCCCGCGGAGCUGGAGAACCGGAUUGAUCGGCAGCAAUUUGAAGAAACAGUUCGGACCCUAAAUAACCUUUAUGCCGAGGCCGAGAAGCUUGGGGGCCAGUCGUAUCUGGAAGGCUGCCUGGCUUGUCUAACAGCGUACACCAUCUUCUUGUGCAUGGAAACUCACUAUGAGAAGGUCCUGAAGAAAGUCUCCAAAUACAUCCAAGAGCAGAAUGAGAAGAUCUACGCCCCCCAAGGCCUCCUCCUGACAGAUCCCAUUGAGAGAGGACUGCGAGUUAUUGAAAUUACCAUUUAUGAAGACAGAGGCAUGAGCAGUGGAAGAUAA